AUGGUCAAACAGUCAGGAUCGCGCCUCUCCCACGCAUCGGGCAGAGGCGCUGGUUCUCCGCGCCGGAAUAACGAGGCCGGGGACACGCAGGGGCCGCCCAAAAAACAAAGGAGACAACGGCCCUCUCUCAGCUGCGCAGAAUGCCGCCGGCUGAAAAUGAAAUGCGACCGGCAGGUGCCAUGCUCCAACUGUGUCCGUCGACGCCGGGCCCCGUUCUGUAAUCCGGGGAUAACCGACCAAACACCGUCACGCAGGGAGUCUGAGGUGCACCAAAGACCGCGCCAGGCUGCCGGGCAUGAUCAGCCCUCGCAAUCCCCGGACGGAAUUACUCGCCUUUCACCUGUGACCCAUGAAUCUGGCCCUCACCACAAACAAAGAUGGGAAUUGCUACCCCAACAUGAUUUCUCCCAGCAUCACAAUCAUGGCCAAGCUAUCGUCGCUGCGCAGGGCUCCGCGGACGAUCCGGGUCGGAACCUGCCGCCGCAGCAUAGCGGCAGACGGGAUGAACAGCUCGCCCUCCUCGCCCAUGUGCUACAGUCAGACUCCUUACAGAACUCUCCUUCGGUGCUCACAAGCCGAAAUCCUCUGGCUGGCCACGGUGAUUCAGGCAAGGAUAGUGGCCUCCAUAACUCCGCCGCACAGCCUCUCGGGGUGGGUGAACAGAGCGGCUCCUACGGCACAUUGAUGUUGGGCAAAGGAGGUCGGUCAAAAUACUUGGGACCGACUGCGGGCAGUGAAUGGUUGAAAGAAUCCGAAACACAAGACAUAUCAGACAGUCCGCCGGUUACUCGCGCUCCUUCUCCCAAAAUAAUCCAAGAACCGAUUCGAUCUCAGCCUGGUCGGUUAACUCCCGGUACUGCUCCCAUCGCCUUUCCUUUCAACGUUGCAGCCUCUCAUAUCAGUACUCGCGAACUGCUCUCCCGCCUGCCGCCAAGAGAGGAGGCGGAGACAUUGGUUGCGUCGUACUAUCGCUACUGUGCUUGGCAUCAUGAUGUGGCUCCCAGAGCCACUUUCGAUAAGACAUUUGACCGAGUCUACGCAAAUUCAAGUGGAAUGUCUUUAUCCCCACAAGUCAAUCCACAGGAGAUUGCACUCGUUUUUAUCAUCCUGGCUCAAGGCACCUUGUUCAAUAUUGAGAUGCCCAACUACGAUCCAUCUACCGAAGACUGGCUACACCUCUCGGAGCUGGCUCUGGUCAAAGGACGCUUCCUCUCAAAUAACAUGGUAGCCGGUCUCCAGACCUUACAUUUGAUGGCGCAUCUGCAUUUACAACUGGAUAAAGGCGGAAGAGGUGACAAUUCCUGGCCUCUGUGGGGACUGGUCAUGCGAUUAGUCCAAGCGAUGGGUAUGCACCGGGACGGUGCCCGCUGGAACCUCUCUCAAGAUGUGAUUGAGGAAAGACGCAAGGUCUUCUGGGAGCUGAAUGCUGCCGAUAUCUUUCAGGCUCAUUGCUUUUCGAGGCCGUGCGCGAUUAAUCCUGAGCAUUGCGACGUCGAAUUCCCUGCCGAGCCGCUCCAUGUAAGCCCGGAGAAGAGCUAUUCGAGACUACGAUUCGAGCUAUCUCAGCUUUCUUCCGAAAUUCUCCAUAUGGCCAUGAAAGUACGGAAACCACCGUACUCUGCUGUCACCGAUCUAGACAUUAGACUGGCGGACUUUGAGCGCAACCUUCCCUUCUCCCUUCGUUGUCGAGCAGCGUUCCUGUCCAUGCCCUCUCGGUAUCCCCACGUCCAGGCGGCAAUCGAAGCAUCACCAGAACCAUCACGGAGGUCAAUGACCAUAUCCUUCCAACAAAGUAAUCUUGCACUUAACAUAUCGGAGACGAUAAUCAACCUACAUCGGCCUUAUUAUGCCAAGGCGCUCUACGACAUCAACGAACAUACAAAAUCUAUAUAUGCGCCCUCAUUUCUCACAGUAAUCGAGCGUUGCGGAAUUAUCAUUGCUAUUGUUGACGACAUUCAUACCCGCUUUCCUGCGGUCAGCACCAGACAAUGGAAUUUCUGGUAUCAUGUGUUUGGUUCGGCUCUCUGCUUAGGGACGUUGGUGUUGCGCGAUCCCAAGAAUUCAAUGGCUACUUUUGCUCUUACGCAGGUUGAUGCCGCGAUCAAUCUAUUCACUUCUUUGGUUCAGCACGGCGCCAACACUCCGAGAUACUGCCGUAAUCUGCAGUGGCUUUCGAAAUUGCGCGCUCGGGCAUCGUCCAAAAUUGCCACAGCGUCUACCGCCGCCCAACAGGCCGACUCGCAGCGAGACCAGGGCGAUCCGGACAGGCAGGAAAUUAGUCGAGAAGACAGAGAGGAUAGUGAGGAUGUCGAGCUGCUCGGUUGGCGGACCAGAUUGAUUGAACGGGCUGGUCAAGGUCGUCCGACUAUCCGCACUAUUCAGCUUGCUGAGACGCCGACCGAUUCUCAUGAGAGCUUUGAUGUCUCAAACGCAUCGCCGCAUGGGCAUAUUCACAGAGCCCCUCAAGGUGAGCUGGGAAUUGGAGAUAAUAUCAUGAUCCCAGGCUCAUCCCUUCCUAUGGUGACCCCCGACUCGACAAACGAACUUUUACAAGACUUUUGGGAUCCAAUGCUGCUGCAGGAUAUAUUGGGAGGCAUUCCAGUGGAGUAG